AUGGCCCAGCCUCAGAAACCCGAGACUUUUAUGCUCUCGAACGAAGCACAACAAAGCUUACCGCAAGACGCGCAAGUCGCUCUCCAGCAAGUCGACAACCUCAAAUACUUUCUCAUCUCCGCCCCUGUGGAUUGGAGUCCCGACUCUCUGAUCCGAAGAUUUCUCCUUCCAACUGGCGAAUAUGUCUCCUGUGUCUUGUGGAAUAACCUCUUCCACAUCUCCGGGACUGAUAUCGUGAGAUGCCUUUCAUUUCGAUUCCAAGCCUUCGGCCGCCCGGUCAAGAACCCCAAGAAGUUCGAAGAGGGGAUUUUCUCCGAUCUGCGAAAUCUCAAGUCCGGGACGGAUGCUUCAUUGGAGGAACCCAAGAGCCCGUUCUUGGACUUUUUGUACAAGAACAACUGCAUCCGAACACAAAAGAAGCAGAAGGUCUUUUACUGGUACAGUGUGCCCCAUGACCGCCUGUUCCUCGACGCUCUGGAGAGAGAUCUGAAGAGGGAGAAGAUGGGUCAGGAAGCCACCACCAAAGCUGUCGCUGAGCCAGCGCUGUCGUUCGAGUUCGACUCGUCACAGUCCCUCUUUGAACAGCUGACAAAAGCUCAACAAGCCAAUUCGUCAUCAUUUGCAACAGCCAACGCAAAUGUAAAUUACUCCCAGUCAACCUCCCCCGUCCUUCGUGCAACGGACUCGAUGCCUCCUCCCCAGAUGAUGCCUACUCAGAUACCGCGAUCUCAAGAGCAGCCACCUGCAAUGUAUACUAGCAUGGCUAUGCAAACACCCAUUACAACCACGGCAAUGUCGCGGGAACAGGAUUUCUCCGCCAUCGCCUAUGACCGAAACGGUCUUCCCUUUGACCGUUCACAUAUGCGACAUGCAUCUAUGCCAGCCUAUAUGGAAUACUCACCUGCUCCUUCAUUCGUGUCUUCACACUUCGAGGACUACAGCACAAGAGGCCUGUCGUAUGAACCCAUCACGCCUCCUCAGCAUGCAGUUCCGGUUGGCGCGGAACCAGCCUACAUCGCCAACGAGGACACCGGCCUCUACUCGGCCAUCCCGGAAAUGCAACCCAUGCCUGCGUACAACCCAAUGGCUUCCCUGCCCCCCUCUACUCUAGCAGGUCCGACCUAUGCUGCUGCACCUCGUCCUUUCCCACCUGCAAAUGUAUACUCAGUCAUUGAAGGCUCCCCAACAUACAAAGCGCGAAGGAGGCGCUCCUCGAUCCCUUCUUCCAUCAUGAAUGCAGUUGCGGCCAAUGCCGUUGCUCAAGUCACGCAUGGUAUGAAGGCACAUGUUCCUCAAAGGCCCAGCGACCUUCGACGCUCCAUGUCCAGCUCCGUCCUACCCAUUGCAGAGGGCGACGAGUCCGGCGAUCACUCCCCUUCUGGACUCUCACACAACUAUGCCGCAUCAUUUGCCCACAAGGUAGACCACCUAAACGACUAUUCGCGUCAUACAACACCGCUAGCCAGCCUGGAAGAAGACCCCGUGCAAUCCAUGGGCAUGGUAACUGGACCUGAAGGUAUGCCUGGUCUUAUUGGAGACGACAUGCAUCCCGCUUCAAUGCAUGCUAGUCCUGCAGUUCGGUUGGAAAGACCGGGGCCAGUCCGACGAGCACGAAGUGCAACCAUGAUGGAGCUUGGUGUACCGUACAAGUCACAUUCCUGCCCAAUCCCUAGCUGCGGGCGACUUUUCAAGCGGCUCGAGCACCUCAAACGACAUGUCCGAACCCACACUCAAGAGCGACCAUAUGUGUGCCCUUAUUGCAAUAAGGCCUUCUCCCGGUCCGACAACCUUGCUCAGCACCGCCGCACUCAUGAAUCUCAACACGACGGCCAACCUGCUCCCACAACCAGUGAAGAGGAGCUUGAAAAUGAAGAAAACGAUUUCGGCUCCAUGGAUGAGCUCUCUUCCCCAGAUGAGGUCACUCGACCUACAAGCGUCUCUGGCAUGAUGGCUAUGUCGAUGCCACCACCAUCAACGCUUGUGAUGCAAUCUAUGUCUCAGUCCAUGUCGCAGCCAAUGAUGGCUCCGAGUCAACUAGUCCAACCUUCCAUGUUGCAAAAUCUCUAG